UUGUUUAUAGUAGUAGUCAUAGCAACCGCGGAUGAUAACACGAAAUAGAACUAUAAAGAAAAAUGUCGGAAAGAGGAAUUUCUCUCAAAGAAGCUUUAAAGAAAUGGGAAGAAAAACAUAAACAAAAGGCUUCGGAAGCAACGGUCAUCCAUCUUUACGGACACAUUCCUUCCAUAGAGAAGUUAGAUGCCAGCGCAUCCACUUUAGUUAAAUGCGAAAAAUUAUCCUUAUCAACCAACUGUAUCGAAAAACUUAGUAAUUUAGUAGGAUUAAAAAAUCUUAGGAUUCUCUCCGUAGGAAGAAACAGAAUAAAGUCUCUAUCCGGAAUUGAAGCGCUUUCGGAAUCUCUAGAAGAACUUUGGGCUUCCUACAAUCAGAUCGACAAAUUGAAAGGGAUCGAAGCAUUGAAGAAAUUGACAGUGCUUUAUAUGUCCAAUAACAAAAUCAAAGAGUGGAACGAAAUUUUGAAAUUAGCGGAGCUUCCCUAUCUGGAACACAUCGUUUUGGUUGGGAAUCCUCUGGAGCAGCAAUUGAGCCGAACCGACGAAUGGAGGAGCAAGAUGGCUCGAACUCUCAGACCUGCUUUGAAAAUUCUAGAUGGAAAGGCACUGGGCAGAACUGAAGAAGAUUAAUCAAAUCGUUCGAUUAUUUGUUUAGUACAUACUGUAUUUCCUUCGAUUGUAAAUAAAUAAAUUUAAAAUACAUUUUGAAUGAUUUUAAAAAUAAAA